UUGUUGUUUACACAUAAGGGCUUGAGUUUUAUUUAUUUCACGAAACGAGUAGAAACUUUUGUUUUAUCAAAAUCAGAACCCUCCUCUUUUACAGAUUCAGGCCAAUUCUAAAUUCCCAUCGUUCGUUCAAUUUCAGACGUUAACCUCGGCUUGAAGGCUUCAAAUUUCUGUGAAUCCACGACGGAGAUUAUUGGUGAAUUACGUUAGAAUCAGUAAUCAGCAAAAGGGUUAAUGGAAGGAGAGAAGCUUAUAGAAGAUCGCGGCUUUUUGGCUGCUCCUCUGACCUUCGUCGUCGUCGUUGUCUUCCAAUUGCUAUCCAAGUGGCUUGACCAAUUGAAGAAGAAAGGGUCGAAGAACACGAGGGAAUCAGAGCUGCGAACCGAAAUUAAGCAGCUUUUGAGAGAGGCUAGUGCAUUGUCUCAGCCAGCCACAUUUGCGCAAGCAGCGAAACUUAGGAGGUCAGCAGCUACUAAAGAGAAAGAACUUGCACAAUAUCUGGAGCAGCAUCACAAAGAAAUCAAGCUUUCAUACGAUAUGUAUGGGAAGGGUCUGCUUGCUUCGAAGGUUGUGAUAUACCUAAUCUUGGUAUUGUGCUUCUGGAGGACUCCAAUUGCCAUUAUCGCUAAGCAACUUGUUCAACCGUUUGGGACUUUGUUAUCUUGGGGAACAGGAGGUCACAUGACAGGCCAUGUAAUGGUCGGGAUCAUACCGUGGCUCAUACUCUCAAACAGAGUGAGCAAAUAUGUGUGUAGGUUCGUGGAGUUCUAAAUCGCAUCCCUGAAAAGAGUGAAGAUUGGAUGGUUUUUGAGUUCAAAGUUGUAGCCUUUUAGGAGACACUUGUGGCAGAAAUUGUGCUUCUCUUUUUGUUCCUAAUCUUCCUUAACAAUGUAUAUUUAUAUGACUCUUUUUCUCUGGUUGUUUGUUGGAUUUUACCAAUAACAAGUAGUUCGUUUUUGAGAGUUGAGCAGGUUGUUACCGUAGAAGCAGCCCCAAUAUUUACCCAAUGUGUAUAUAUACACCAUAACAAACACAUUGUCUCUAUUCCUCUACGUGUUGUCAAUUUUUAUCUUGUAACACCGACUUUGUAAAAUCAGAUUCUAAAGACGCGUGUACUUAUUCAA